CCCAUCUGGACUAAUAGAAGGCUGGUGGGACAACAGGGGGAGGUUUCACACUCUCUCACUCUCCGUCCUGGCCCACCCACUUCCCCACUCUCUCUCUCGCUCUCUGGCUUGCAUUCGGGUGCCUCCAGUGCGCACGGUAGAGUCCACGCACGCACGGGAGCAUGGCAGCUACCCACGGCGAGUACAGAGGCUACCUGCGCAGCACCAUGGACGUGGAGGCCGCCCAGCAACGCUUCCAGCCGGUGGCCAGCUCGGAGCCCUCGCACCGGCCGCUCCUGUUCGGCACCCUGGCGGUCAUGGGAUUGCUCCAGGUGGCCUCCAGUGUGGCUAUCCUGUUGCACCUGACGGGCUACCUGCAGGAGGUAGAUUUGACCACUGCUCCACAUCGACCAAUCGAGGAAGUGCAGACAGACAGACCGGUCCUGAACGCGCUGAGAGACACCAGUAAGAACCGAUUCAAAAACCCAAAGGACAAGCCCCCGUCUGCCCACCUCCCCAUCAAGGAGUAUCAGGAGUUCUCUAAGAAGGGUGAGCCAAAGGCCAUCACCAUCGACUGGGACGAGGUGCGCGGGUACCGCCACAGGAUGAACUACGAAAAGGGCAAGCUACUCGUGGUCAAGUCGGGCUUCUACUACGUCUACGCCAAGACCUGCUUCCGCUACUACAAGUAUGUCCCGGAGGACGGCGGGCAGGGCGGCGCCGGCGGCGGGCCCUCGGUGGACGUGAGCAACACGCAGCUCAUCCAGUACAUCUACCACGAGAGGAUCAAGCAGAACAGCAAAGUGGACCUGCUGAUGAAGACGGGCAGCACCAUGCGCUGGGACAACACCAGCUACAACAUGUACUGCGCCCAGCAGGGCCGAGGCCUCUGGCUUGAUCAGGGUGACGCCUUGUUUGUCACCGUGUCCAACGCGUGGAUGCUGGACCCGGAGGGAGUAGGGACGUACUUUGGCGCCGUAAAGUUGGGCAACUGACAAGGUCGACGUGUGGGACGCCACCAUGCUACUGAAGUGACGCAAAAGGGAACCACUGAUAGUGACUUAGAAAAAAAAACAGUUUUUUACCACAUAGCCUUUUGAGUCCAAACUCUGGACAAAAACCACCCUCAACCCCCGGUCCAAAGUAGCACUGGAUUCUUGAAAGGUAUUCCAGCGCCUGGUAUUCAUUAAGACUGCAUGUUCAUUGGUUGUUUGUUUGUCUGCACCGGCGCUACAAACAAAGGAAGCGAGUGAGGAGCGCGUUGGCAAAAGGAGAUGGGUGUCAUCAUGGAAACAUUGAAACCGACGCAGCAAUCUGUUUGUACUUUAACACCAGCGGGAUGAAAUCACAUGACCAAAGUAAUCCCUCAACCACAGCUGUCAAUGUUUUCCAGAAAAAAGGUUGCCGUUGGUGUGAACGAGGCGGGGGCGUGAUGAGGCGUCUUCGCGACGGCUACGUUUACAUGGACGAUGUUGAUCCCCACCCCCCAAAAAAGCUGCGACUACACUAUUCCAUGUUUACUUCAGGCAUCGUGGGUUGAAACUCACUGGAUCUAAGUUUUGGUUUGUAAUCCGUCCCAAGAAGGUCAGACAAAACCAAAUCGUACAGAAAAACAGAAAACAUAUACACUACCGUUCAAAAGUUUGGGGUCACCCAAACAAUUUUGUGGAAUAGCCUUCAUUUCUAAGAACAAGAAUAGACUGUCGAGUUUCAGAUGAAAGUUCUCUUUUUCUGGCCAUUUUGAGCGUUUAAUUGACCCCACAAAUGUGAUGCUCCAGAAACUCAAUCUGCUCAAAGGAAGGUCCGUUUUGUAGCUUCUGUAACGAGCUAAACUGUUUUCAGAUGUGUGAACAUGAUUGCACAAGGGUUUUCUAAUCAUCACAUUGUACCAUUAGAACACUGGAGUGAUAGUUGCUGGAAGUGGGCCUCUAUACACCUAUGUAGAUAUUGCACCAAAAACCAGACUUUUGCAGCUAGAAUAGUCAUUUACCACAUUAGCAAUGUAUAGAGUGUAUUUCUUUCAAGUUAAGACUAGUUUAAAGUUAUCUUCAUUGAAAAGUACAGUGCUUUU